AUGAAUUCUAAAACAUUAUUGCGCCCUCUACAAAAGUUGAAAAAGAUACCAAAGAGCUCUUACACAAUCACCAAGACUGUCAUAACACAAGCUAAACAGAGAGACAAUGCUGUCCUCGAUGACAACCUUGAAGAGACCAGCGACAUCUUCUCGAAUUCCUCGCCAACUUUUAUCAAGCGAAUAGACGAGCUUAAGGCAGGGAGUGCCCUUCAAUGGCCUAGGCUAGAAUCACAUCAAAGUACACUCACUAUCAGAGAAUUUUGCGAAAGAUGGAAGCACUUAGCACCCAAAGAAUACGCGAAAGAAGACGGCAGCUUCUGUAUCAGAGGCAAGCUUUUAGCGUGUAGAGUCAUGGGAACUCGACUCAUAUUCAUAGAUUUAAUGCAGGAGGGCGAGACGGUACAAGUAAAAGCAAAUCUUUCAGCACUCUCCAAAACAUCUGAAGUCUCGGAAAGAGAUUUUCAACGUCUGUACCACCUACUUCAAAGAGGUGACUAUAUUUCUGUUGUGGGUCACGCGCACCGUACCGAAGCCGGGCAGAUUACAGUCAUGGCUGAUACGCUUCCCGAGAUUAUUUCGCCGUCUUUAGCUUGUCUGCCAAGAUCACUGCUCAAUCAAGGGACUCGAAUGCAAAAUCGACAUGUAGAUUUAAUUCUCAAUCAAAAACUUCAGCAGACUCUACGUAUGCGAUUUCAGUUGAUACAAACUUUGCGAAAUCUUUUAUUAAAUGAUAACUUUGUUGAGGUUCAGACUCCGUUGAUAGCAGACAAAGCAAGUGGUGCAUUUGCAAGACCGUUCAUCACAUCAUCGGCUGUUAUAUCUGACAAAAAACUAGCUUUACGCGUAGCUCCUGAGCUAUGGCUAAAAAGACUUAUAAUAGGAGGAUUUGACAGGGUUUUCGAGAUAGGAUCUGCCUUCCGUAACGAAGGAUUUGAUGCUAAUCAUAACCCUGAAUUCACAACUUGCGAAUUCUACAAAGCAUUCACGGAUUUAGAGGAGCUGAUGAGCAGGACUGAAGAGUUACUUUUGGGACUAGCAAAGGCCGCCCACUACAUCCGAGAAGAGCGCCUAAGGACAUUACCAAAGGUCUAUAUAGACAAUUUUCGGCCGCCUUUCAAGCGUAUUAGUUUUAUUCCAGCUAUCGAGUUUGCGCUUGGCGAGAGUCUGCCCGAUUUAGCGACAGAAGAUGCCGAAGAAAAUAUCAUCAACUUAUUUAAGAGACAUAAAAUCCCUCUCAUAAAAUCACCAACCUUGCCACGUCUUUUGGACAAGCUUUCUGCACAUUUUCUGGAACCCAUGUGUAUUAAGCCAACAUUCAUCACACAUCAUCCAGCAUGCAUGGCUCCACUAGCGAAAUCAUUUCUAGAUCCUGUGUCCAAUCAAAUUGUUUCAGCCAGAGCGGAACUAUUUGCCAAUAACAAGGAACUUGCAAAUAUGUAUGAGGAAGAGAACUCCCCAAUUAAACAACGAUCCAAUUUUGAAAAGCAGGGAAAGUUCAGAGACAUUGAAAAUGACGGAUACGUUGACGAGAGCUAUCUUUCAGCAUUAGAAUGGGGCCUUCCCCCGACGGGGGGAUGGGGUUGCGGAAUAGAGAGGCUUGUUAUGCUGCUUACAGGAUCGGAAAGAAUAAACGAAGUUUUAAGCUUCGGUAGCUUAAAGAACGUUGUUAACCUUGGGAAAGCAUCCUCUUCUUAA